ACAAAGGAGAGAGACGGCACUGACUCUGUGACCCAAACAGUGGAACACCCACAGAAGGCAGAGGGGAAUGUAAUGAAUCGCGUACGCAGUGUGUCUAUCCACCCAAGAAGGCCAAUAACUAAAAUUGUCAGCCAUGAGAGAGGCCGUUCCAGGACCAGACACCACUGCCCAACUUCGAUCCAUACAAAGGAGAGAGAUGGCACUGACUCCCAAACAGUGGAACAUGCACUGACUCCCACUGACUUCCAAACAGUGGAGCGCUCUCAGAAGGCAGAGGGAGAUCACAUGUGGGAAGAACAGGACCUAACCCUUUUUGAACAGAAAUGUAACAGAAUGUUCAAGAGAGAGAGGGAGUGGUUGGAGGACAAGAGGAGAGAGAUCAGAAAGAGGAAGAUCCUAUGGAGACAGAGAAAACUGGUAGUAGAGGGAAGAUACCUAGCCAAGAUGGAGGGAUUGCUAGAGGACAUGGCAUGGCGAGUCCAGGCAUUGGAUUUGUUCACAAAGAAAGAUGGAGAAACAAAGAGUGGUCAAUCAAAGAAGAAGAAUGGCCAGGUCACCCAGGUGACAGGACAGUACAAGGCAGGGGAUAAAUCACAGCUUGAGAGCAAGGCUGAGAGGCCAGAGCAGAAAAGGAAGGAGAGGGAACAGAGAAAGGAAAGGAAAGGAGAGGAGGGUGGUGAUGGAGAUGAUAAUGGUGCAGGGAAAGAAUACAGGGGUGGUUUGGCUUGAAAUAGGUCUGAGGAGGGCCUGGAAACGGUUGAAGAAAGGGAUCACAUCCUACUAGGAUGAUAUGAUUUACUUUUUGGAAUAAACUGAGCUUUUA